CUAUGUACUGUAAUGCAGCUGCUCUCUCUGUUCCUUGACGGGGAUGGUGGAUCAUGGCAUAGUCAUUGCCCAGCAGCUUGGGCCGGAUGUCAGGCUGUCUUAGUGCUCUGUCAGAGCCAGGUACAUCUCGACAAUCUGGUGCCAAGCAGGGACAGGGCAGUGAUUGGCUUCUUAUCAAAGGGCCCCUCCUUGUGCCUGCCAAGAAGAUGAAAGUCCAGUUUUGCGUAUCAUAGGCCUUUUCCGCUUUCCACUUGGCAGUGCUACAGCCAUUGGGAGAAACCAUGGAUAUCCUGGAGAUAGAUGCCCAGUAUAGGAAGAAGGUGGCGGCUAAUAUGAGGAGUGUUCUAUUGAAAAUGACGCCUUUCUUCAUCUCCUGUGCCAUCUAUUUUGUACUCCGGGUCCCUGAACCCAGCAUCCUUGCCACUGUUGUCAAGUGCCUUCCGACCCUCUUCUUGGCGUUCUUUGUGGCCAGCCAGUCCCAUAGUGUUGGAGCCUGGACGCCGUAUGCCCGGAGGCUCUUCCAAGGGUUUCUGCUCUCAGCUGUGGGAGAUGCCUGCCUGGUGUGGCCUUGGCUUUUCAUUCCAGGGAUGGCUGCCUUCGCUGCUUGCCACAUCGCCUACAUCUCGGCUUUCGGCUUCACUCCUUUUCGGCCUCUUAUCCUCAUCAUUGUUGCAGGGCUAAUGACGACGUCUUAUGUCUCCUUGCUGCUGCCGUGCCUGGAGGGCAUCUAUGUGUGGGCUAUCACAGCCUAUGUAGGUCUACUUGGCAUCAUGGCAUGGCGCGCCCUUUCUCUCAGCAAACGACUGAGUGCUUCAGUCGGCAGCGUGAUCUUCGUUGUGUCCGAUCUGUAUGUUGGCCUUGAUAAAUUCUGCUCCCACAUGCCUCACGCCCACAUGGUCAUCAUGCCCACCUACUACAUCGCCCAGGGCUUGAUUGCAUUUUCAGUGGCCUCUCAAAAAGUCCCUCGGAAGGAGCAUUGAGCCUUUGAAUGGGACUCGUGCAUUAACAUUUUAAAAUAGUGGGACAACUUAGGAAUCCUGUCUUUCAACAAUCCGCCCUCCAUCUUCUUUUCGUCUAUUCUACAAAGAAUGUACACACUCUAGCCUUCUUUCAUCUCAUUCCCUCAAGAGAGAUGUCUUCAUUUUGGGACAUUCCAACAUCUAUUUUACUGUAUCAUCUAUAAUGGCUUCUGAGGCAUUGUCUACCUCAGUAGUUCCCAGCCUUUUUUUGACCAGGGACCACUUGAUUAGGGACCACUUUGACCAGGGACCACGUUCCAACAUUGGUACCAAAAGAGUUACCAAUCAGUUUUUUUGUCAACUUUAGAUUCAAUUUGGUUAUUUGAUUCAGAAAAUUGCAUUGGAUAGACCACAUCAGCUCUAGUUUCUGGUACAGAGCAUAUGCCAUCCAGUAGUCACCAUCUACUCACCCACAGAAAACCAUAUUUAAUAAGCCUUGGCAUUAUAAGAGGAUUUCAUGAGACCAGUCACUCUUGUUGCAAUGGUGUAGUAACUGUGAGGGCGCGGACCAUAAAUGGCAUUGGAUAGACCUCAUCAGCUCUAGCUUCUGAUACAGAGUAUAUGUCAUCCAGUAGUCACUGUCUGCUCACCCACAGAAAACCAUAUUUAAUAAGCCUUGGCAUUAUAAGAGGGUUUCACGAGACCAGACACUCUUGUUGCAAUGGUGUAGUAACUGUGAGGGCGCGGACCAUAAAUGGCAUUGGAUAGACCACAUCAGCUCUAGCUUCUGAUAGAGUAUAUGCCAUCCAGUAGACACUGUCUGCUCACCCACAGAAAACCAUAUUUAAUAAGCCUUGGCACUAUAAGAGGGUUUCACGAGACCAGACACUCUUGUUGCAACGGUGUAGUAAUUGUGAGGCCGCGGACCAUAAAUUGCAUUGGAUAGACCACAUCAGCUCUAGCUUCUGAUACAGAGCAUAUGCCAUCCAGUAGUCACCAUCUGCUUGCCCACAGAAAACCAUAUUUAAUAAGCCUUGGUACUAUAAGAGGGUUUCAUGAGACCAGUCGCUCUUGUUGCAAUAGUGUAGUAACUGUGAGGCCGCGGACCAUAAAUUGCAUUGGAUAGACCACAUCAGUUCUAGCUUCUGAUACAGAGCAUAUGCCAUCCAGAAGUCACCGUCUGCUUGCCCACAGAAAACCAUAUUUAAUAAUCUAGAGCUGAAAUAGUAGUGGUAGUAGUAGUAGUAUUUCGUGGGUAGUCAGCCUCUCCCCUCCUGACAUCCCUGCUGCCUUGGCACUAUAAGAAGGUUUCACGAGGCCAGUUGCUCUUGUUGGCACGUAGUUUCGAGGCAAUGGUGUAGUAAUGGUGAGGCCAUGGGCCAUAUUUUCAUUCUUGCAGACCACUGGCGGCACAUGGACCACAGGUUGAAAACCACUGGUCUAUAUGGACUAAAAAGAUCAUAUUUAUCUUGUAUCUGAUGUUGGAAUAGCAUACAUCAUAUCUGGAGAAUUCUGUUCUUUCUUUCUUUCUUUCCUUCCUCCUCCUUUUCUUCUUCCUCACCCCUAAAGAUUUAAAUCCAAGUUUAAAAGAUCAAAUUUAUACCUCACAUUUUUCUGGGAAACCCAGGUUAUUUUAUAUCUCAGCUUUGGGGGCCUUUAUUAUUAUUUUUUCAGGUGCAUUUAUAUUGAUAAUUACAUAUCGUUAUUUGCACAUCUCUGUCUAUCAGCAUUUAAAUACCAGUCACUUCACUUAACAGGAUGGCCAAAUCUGUAUUGAGGCAAAUGUAUAAACUGUGAGCAUAUUUACAUACAUUAAGGAGAAGAAAAUGGAGCAGCCACAGUCGUGUGGUGGGAAAUAAUGUGAUUAUCAUCAUGAAAACAGCUCUUUAAUAUUGAAGUGACCUCACACAGGAAAAAAAAAAUCAUAUGACUGUUUAUACUGCUCUUAUUUCAAUUUAAUAAGGAUGCGUUUGGUGCUAAUGUGGUCACUAAGGGCCGGGAAAAUGUGAACUGAAGCAGAAUGUUUUUGUUUAUGUAGACAGCACUUAUAAUUUCCUCUUGGAUACAGUCCUAAUAAAGAAGUUAAC